AUGUGGCGAGUCGCGUUUCUCGCUUCUUGUCUAUUUACGGCGACACAGGCAACCGCGUUUACAGGUUAGUUUUUAUGAGUUAUUUACCGAGGGGUUCUAAAUUGAUAGAGGGUUGUAUUGAAUUUCUUAACAACCUAAUAAAUUUUGAUGGGAUUUUCAUAUACCAUGUUUUUAUUUCAAUUUUUUGUCUCCUCUCCUCCAUUUUUUUUGCCUUCUUUCCCUACAAAUUUUUCUUUGAAAAAAGCACAUAAUGAAAUGAAAGAAAAUAAGUCCCCUCUUAAUUUGCCCAACUCAAAAUUCCCCCAGGGCUUCAUGCUAAUUGGCUCACUUAUUUCUAUAUUUUUCUUAGAAUUUAUCUUAUAGACAGGUGAAAAAGAAUAACACAUUAUAUGUUUUUUGCACCUGCUGAAACACCAAACACGUCAAUUUUCUAAGAAUUGAAUCCAAUCAUUUUUUAUUCAAAAGUUUUGAAUAAGAAGAGGGAAUACAUAGAAGAAGGGAAAAAUGGGGGGGGGGGAGAAAAAGAAGAGGAGUCAAAAACCAACGAGGGAUAGAAUAAGGAAGUGGGGCUUUUCAGUUUUAGGGGGUCUAAAUUUCUAGAUAUUGUACAAGAAGUUAGCGCAUCAAAAACUUAAUCGGAUAUAUGUUUCUGAAAUGUUUGUUUUAUUGAACCUUUUUAAUUUCAGGAUAUGUGGGUUAAUGAAACUCCAGAUUUCCACUCUGAAAAUCUAAUUGAAAAAUAUAUUGAAUUGUCUGAUCCCACUCAAACAUCAAAGAACAUAAGUAAUGUGAUCGGAUUGUAGAAAAAUUCUUGGAAAAUCUGCUGUUUAUGUGAGAUAACUUGAUAAAAUUUUGAACUUGAAAUCUGUGCCUUGAAAAUUUAACAGUUUACUUUUUCAGUUUUUAAUCCCAAAUUCAAAAAUAAAACAUUUUUCUAGAAUAUGUUAAGUGCAACUAAUCCAUAAUGUUUCAAUGACGUGUGAAUCAGAUUAACACUCCUAAACAUCUAAUCAACUCGAGACUUUCUAACAAAAAAAGAGAAAAAUUGGAUUCAACGUUUCCGGUGCUCAUACUCUGUUCACGGAAGUGGAAAAAAUCACACAUUUGCUCACUCACUCACAGGAAAUUAAUAAAAAUAGCAUUUUUCUUUCAGAGGGUGGUACGGUACUCGGCAAUAAUAAUAAUGGAAAAGCAAGAUUAAAUAAUCAGGAAAACGAGCAAGCUGUUAGUUUCUUUUCUAUUUUUUUUAGUUAAUUAAAAAUACUAAUUAGUAUUCUGUUAAGGUUUUGGAUAAUGAGGCAUUCGGUCCACUUUUGGAGAGAUUGGCUCAAAGAAUGAAUCAACAGGAACAACAAGAUGAAGGAUUUCCAGUUCCAGACAAAUUGGACAAUUUGAAUCUUUAUGGAAAUGAUGAACAAGAUUUUGAGUUCAAUCCAGAUUUUCAACAACAACAACAAUAUGAAAGAAAACCUUAUGAUUUUUCAAUUGAAGAUCUUGAAAAAGGUUAGUAUUUUUCGUAUUUUUAUUUAUUUAUUUAUCCUAUUUUUUGUGUGUUGUUUUUGAGUCAGAGCCUCAUUUAUUAUGAUUAAAAAAAUAUUUACUAUUUUAUUUAUUUUUUUUCAUUUUCCAUAUUCAACAAAAAAAUAGGAUAAAGUCAUAAUUUUUGUAUCGAAUUUCUAAGGAAAUUCCAAUUUCCUGAAAGCCUUUUUUUAAAAGAAAAUCUCUGAGAAUCGCAUUAAUCUAAUGACGAAUAAUAAAUAUAUUUUUUAAUCCAAUUAUACGUGUUUCAGCUGAGGCAGAAUUAGAAGAAGAGCUCAAAAAAGACCGCGAAGAGGAUGAACAUCAAGACAAACCACAAAAAACUGCUCCAGCUGCUCCGGCUCCAGCUCCAGUUGAGCAACAACAAAAACAACCAAAAGUUGCUCCAGCUGCAGCUGCACCAAAUGAGGAAUUGAUUGAAGAGCAAGAAAUUGCGGGUGAACCAAAAGUUCCACAGAAGAAGGGACAAAGCGAAUUUGUCUCAUUCGUUGAACCCGUUGAGCAACAAGCCAAACAAAUCAAGUGAGCAUUUUCUCAAAAAACACACACACAAAACAAUAUAUCUCCUUUUUUGAUAUAUAUCUUGAAGUGCAUUUAAUUUCGUUUUUUUUUCUUGAAAUUAAAAUAUUUCAAGAUCUCUUCUCUUCUUACCCAACCCAACCAAAAAUCAAAAAGAUUUUCGCACACAUUUUUUUUGUGCUCAAUUAUUAUUUGUGUAGGUGUUUUGUUAAUGACAUUCAUGUCGUUCAGUCAUGAAUAACAAAAUACGCGCACUUUUUUUGUUGAGCUCAACAAAAAAUACGGAGAAAAUAAAUAGAAAGGGAGAGAAAAAUGGAUUUUCUUUCAGAUCUUCACAAGUUUUCGACAAACGUGCUCCAAUGCUUCAACAACAAAAAAGUCAUACAAGCUUCAGCAGCAGUCUUUUGUUGCUUGGUAAGGAAAACAUCAGGAAGCAUUUUGUUUCAGAAGAAGAUUGUUUUUUGAACAUUAUUUCGAAAUGUCACUGAAAACUUAUAAUUUGAAAACUAAUGUUAGGGAUAAUUGUUACUUCAAAAUACUGUAGGUGCUCGAAGAAUAUGUUAUUAGAAACUUGUAAUUUAUAAUUUUGAAAUUCGAAAAAAUCACGGAAGUUCAACACACAAUUUUCCAGCUGUCGGAACAGUGAUGUCAGUUGGUCUUGUUGGAACAGUCGCCGGUGGUGCUUAUUAUUUGAAGCGUCGCAAUGAAACACCAGACGAUGGUGAAUAUGCGCCAUACGCUGGAACUGGACCAGGAUUCAAGAAAAAUAAGGGAAAUCAAGGCGAUGAAACAUUAGCCUAUAAAGCUCAACUUCAUCAAUAUCAACAAGCUAAACAAAAGAUUAUUUGUGGUGAAGAUGCUCCAGGUAAUUAACACUAUUUAAUAAAAAAAAACAAUAAGCAAUUAUUGUUUUAGGAAUGAUUGAAUCAGAUGGUGAAGAUGGUGCUGAUGAGGAGAACAAUUUCAGUGUUUACGAGUGCCCUGGACUUGCGCCAACUGGUGACAUUGAAGUUUGCAAUCCAAAUUUUGCUGCUCAACCAUAA